CAUCGAUUACCCCGAACCGGGGAUUUCAUUAUUUUAUAUGAAUCACUGCCCCGCCCCCACCACAUCAAGUUAUAUUAUUAGCAAUCCAUUCCUUGACUCACAUUUUGUUCCAACAUUCCAAUUCAUUCCGCCACUUCAACUCGAACAAAGCCUCAAAUGGCAGAUCCAAAUACGCGUCUUCCUCUUUCCCGCCAGUCGGUUUUGGAAGCCCAUAAACUCAUUAAGCCGCAUAUACAUUUCACCCCGGUUCUUACAAAUAGGACGAUUGAUGAGAUAGCUAGUACGCCGCAGACCUUAGAGGCGUUGAAGGGGACAGAGUGGGAGGGGAAGGAGCCUGCGAAACCAAAAAUAAGAUUAUGGUUUAAAUGUGAGAAUUUGCAGAGAGUAGGCGCGUUUAAAGUUCGAGGAGCUUUUCAUGCAUUGAAGAGGUUGGAGGAGGCUGAAGGAGGAGUGGAUGCUGGGCAUGGAGAAGGAGGAUGGAGAGAGAAGGGGGUGGUUACACAUAGUAGUGGUUUGUUUCCGAUACCUUUCCUUUUUGAAUUGUUGAGCUUUUUGAGAGGGGAGGGGCCAUCAUCCACUUCCCCCGCACCCGCACAUCUACACAAUCUAAACAUCAGACACUAACACGCUCUUCACAAAAGGAAACCAUGCACAAGCUCUCGCGCUCGCAGCCCGCGAACUCAAAAUCCCAGCCCACAUCGUCAUGCCCACAAUUUCAACCCCCUCAAAAAUAGCAGCUACAAAAGGUUACGGCGCACAAGUACGUUUUAGUGGAUCAACAUCCGUAGAGCGAGAAGCAAUGGUCGAGGAAGUGAUCAAAGAAACAGGCGCGAAACUCGUCCCGCCGUACGAUCAUCCGGAUAUUAUUGCCGGUCAAGGAACCAUGGGUUUAGAAUUGCAGGAACAGGUACAGAAAUUACAAUUUGAGAGGGGUGUCUCUGGGGUCACCUCGGGAGAGGAUGGAAAUGGCGGUUUAAAUGCAAUUAUUACCCCUUGUGGUGGCGGGGGUAUGUUAUCGGGCGUAGCUCUUUCGUGCCAGGACACCGGAAUCCUUGUUUUUGGCGCAGAACCAGAGUUCCAAGGCGCAGACGAUGGGAAACGUGGAUUUCGCCAGGGAAAAAGAAUCGAAAGUGUGAAAUCGCUCACGAUUGCUGAUGGACUCCGUACUCCGGUGGGGAAACUCCCUUGGGAUGUUAUUUAUGAGAGGGGUCUUGUGCGGGAUAUGUUUAGUGUGUCGGAGGAGCAGAUUAGGAAGGCGAUGCGGUUGGUGUUUGAGAGGAUGAAGGACAGUGUAGAAGGGGUUUGGUUGGUGGAGAGGAGGAGAUAGAUGGUUGGGGGGUUGGUGGAGGGGAGGGUGGAAUGAGGGGGAAUGGGGGGGAGGGGGAAGGGGAGGGUGGGGGAGGUGGGAUAGGAUAGAUGAUAGAUGAUGUUCCAUUGCGAUUUUGUUUAUAUCUUUGAGAUGGCAAAACUCGCUUAAGUAAUCUAUCCCUCUGAUGAUGUCUGAGAAAAGAGUGUUAAUAGAGGA